GAUUCUGACUGAAAACUGCUUUUUUUAACGUCUCAAGAAAACACGAUGUCAACAGCGAUUAUCAACGAAAUGAACGUGGAAAAACUGCUUGAAAUUUGCGGAAAUUUGGAGAAGUACCAGAGCUACUGCCACACACUGGGUGAGUAUAUCAGCUGCCCUGGAACUACCAUCGACGGCAGUUCUGUCCCCUUCUACAUACUCCAGCAAUUCGCGUACGACCAGGAAAAUCUGACCAGCAUAAAGAACUCAGAAAUGACCAAAUUUGUGACCGCCGUAGCCGACACUGCAUGCCUGCUGGGAACUUUCCCGUAUUAUCCCGGGGGCUUGUGGGAAGUGUCCAUAGCAAAGCCAUCCACAAUAUUGAGUGAAAAGAUACUUGACAAUUUGAUUCAAGAAAGUGCAAAGGACCAUACUAAAGUUAUACAGACCAAAACACAAUAUCGACAGAUACGAGAUGCCAUAGAACAACACGUGGCUAGUUCGGUGAGGAGUUUGUUGAGGGCCAUCGAAGGAUUCUACAGGGCAUGCGCCAAAAGACAGGGGUUGAGCACACAAUUCGUGUGGACAAAAGCUAACAACAUAGACGUUUCAGCCAUCGCUGAUGACGUGAUGUUACGUGCGUCUAAAACAAACCUUAAGGUACUUGGGAGCACAGAAAAGGAAGCAGUAAACGGGUUCAAAUAUCAUAAUAGAGAAAAGAAGUGUUUCCCAUCAGAUGGCCUGUGUUUCUCAAAGAACCGCAGUGGGUUCCGAUUUAAGAUUUCGGGAAGAAAAGACGCCCCUAAACCGACACAUGGCUUCUACGACACGCAAUCAGAUAUGCUUGUGAAGUGUAAGUUGGGUUUGCUGCGUGGUACCGUCGGGUUCGGCUGGACCCAGAAGUCAGCCUUCAGCAGGGAGAAGACAUGGGGCCUGUUUGUUCAUCCUCCUACAUACGGUUACUGACUCUUCCUACAUACGGGAACUGAUCUAAUAAUUAUGACUCCUACUACAUACGGGUACUGACUCUUCCUAUAUGUACAUACGGGUACUGGUCAUGAUUCUCCUACAUUCGGGUACUGAUCACUCACUGAGCAGUCACGUUAUUCAUCAGCUCUGUCAAAGAACACAUUGUUAGAACAAUGCUGCUCCUCACGGAGAGGAGAUUUUGUUUGGAUCAACCAUCAAAUUUGCUUAGCGAUGAUAUUCAUAUGUGUGUG